CGCAGGCGCUGGCCGCCGAGGAGCCAGAGAGAAAGUUCCCGGGGACAGUUCGCCCUCGGGAGGGCCCAAACUGCGGCCGCUGGCCGAUAGGGUCUCGAGUCCCGCGAGUGCUGCUCGUGGUCCUCCUGCACGCACUUGGCUGUCCGGGCCCUGCUUUCCGAGAAGCAGAGGAACCUCGCGGGCGGGCAGCCGGGGCGGCCGGGGCUAAACUUGGACGAGGAGGAUGCUGCGAGUGGGCGCGGCGGCGCGGGGAGCGGGGGCGCUCGCCAAGCACUGAUCGCUCCCUGCGGACUCCGAGCGCGCGGAGGAGCAGUGGGCAGGUAGCGGCUCCAAGCGCCCGGACUGCGCCAAGUCGACCAGCAGGGCCGCCAGCGCCACCGUGCAGGCGUCGUCUCCUCUCCACAGAGUCAUGGUGCGAGCAGCGCGCACACCCCGCGCGGAACUCUGAGCUCCGGCGUUCAGUGCGCCCCCUCCUCUGGUAUUCCCAUCCGGACUACCCGUGCCUGCCUUGCUCGCGGACCAUGAAGCUCUCUCCCGGAGCCCCUUGCCUCUGAGCUGCGCAUCGCCCGCUGCAGCUCCAACACCGCUGGGCCACAGACAGCGCUCCAACCCUUGAAGCUCGAGAUCUUCUUCCAGGGACGCCGGGCAUACGGAGAUGGCGCUCCAUGGACUCAUCGGGCAGUGCAAAGUUCGCCGGAGGCGAGAGAUGCUGCCGCAGCAAGUUGGCUUCGUGUGCGCUGUGCUGGCCCUGGUGUGCUGUGCCUCCGGCCUCUUUGGAAGCUUGGGCCACAAAACAACUUCUGCUGGCAAACACGUUCUGCCAGACACGUGGCGAAAUAGAAAGUUGAUGGCACCAAUAAAUGGGACUCCGCUGGCUAAGAACUGCACAGAUCCUGCGAUUCACGAGUUCCCCACAGACCUGUUCUCCAACAAAGAACGACAGCACGGCGCUGUCCUGCUACACAUCCUUGGUGCUCUCUAUAUGUUCUACGCUCUGGCUAUCGUGUGUGAUGACUUCUUUGUCCCAUCCCUAGAGAAGAUCUGUGAGAAACUUCAUCUGAGUGAAGAUGUGGCAGGUGCCACCUUCAUGGCUGCAGGAAGCUCUACACCAGAGCUGUUUGCGUCUGUCAUUGGUGUGUUCAUCACCCAUGGAGAUGUCGGUGUAGGAACGAUUGUGGGCUCUGCUGUGUUCAACAUCCUAUGUAUCAUUGGAGUGUGUGGACUCUUUGCUGGACAGGUGGUUCGGUUGACAUGGUGGGCUGUGUGUCGUGACUCUGUGUACUACACACUCUCAGUCAUCGUACUCAUUGCGUUCAUAUACGAUGAGGAAAUUGUGUGGUGGGAAGGCCUGGUGCUCAUCAUCUUGUACGUGUUUUAUAUUCUUAUCAUGAAGUACAAUAUGAAGAUGCAGAUGUUUUUCACAACCAAACAAAAGAGCAUUGCAAAUGGUAACCCAGUCAGCAGCGAGCUGGAAGAUGGUAAUGACCUCUAUGACAGUAGCUAUGACGACCCUUCUGUGCCAUUGCUGGGGCAAGUGAAGGAGAAGCCCCCCUACAGCAAGACCUCCGUGGUGAUGGUGGAUGAGAUUCUGAGCUCCAGCCCUCCCAAGUUCACCUUUCCUGAGGCUGGCCUGCGCAUCAUGAUCACCAACAAGUUCGGGCCCAGGACCCGACUACGAAUGGCCAGCAGGAUCAUAAUUAAUGAACGACAGAGAUUGAUCAACUCAGCCAAUGGUGUUAACAGCAAGCCACUGCAAAACGGGAGACACGAGAACAUGGAGAAUGGAAAUGUUCCCGUGGAGAACCCUGAAGACCCGCAGCAGGGCCAGGAGCAGCAGCCGCCACCGCAGCCGCCACCCCCAGAGCCAGAGUCAGUAGAGACAGUCUUCCUGUCGCCCUUCUCAAUGCCUGAGGCAAAAGGCGACAAGGCAAAAUGGGUGUUCACUUGGCCCCUCAUCUUCCUCCUGUGUGUCACCAUCCCCAACUGUAGCAAACCCCGCUGGGAGAAGUUCUUCAUGGUCACCUUCAUCACCGCCACUCUGUGGAUCGCCGUGUUCUCCUACCUCAUGGUGUGGCUGGUGACUAUUAUUGGAUACACACUUGGGAUCCCUGACGUCAUCAUGGGCAUCACCUUCCUAGCGGCAGGCACAAGUGUUCCAGACUGCAUGGCCAGCUUAAUCGUGGCAAGACAAGGACUUGGAGACAUGGCAGUCUCUAACACCAUCGGCAGCAACGUGUUUGACAUCCUGGUGGGGCUUGGCAUCCCGUGGGGCCUGCAGACCAUGGUUAUUAAUUAUGGAUCCACAGUGAAGAUCAACAGCCGGGGUCUGGUCUAUUCCGUGGUGCUGCUGCUGGGCUCUGUCGCUCUCACUGUCCUUGGCAUCCACCUCAACAAAUGGCGCCUGGACCGGAAGCUGGGUAUCUACGUGCUGGUCCUCUAUGCCGUCUUCCUGUGCUUCUCCAUAAUGAUAGAGUUUAAUGUCUUUACCUUCGUCAACUUGCCCAUGUGCAGAGAAGACGACUAAAGCUGAACCAUUGCCCAGGAAACUGCUGUGGCCACCACAAUGCUGGCGUCCUCUCUCUUUCUCCACACAGGUCUCUACUGCCUUGGCAGCCACUGUCAAUUCUUUCAUGAGCUGUAAGGAAGGGCCACCAUGGUCUUUGUCUGGUCAUAGACCAGGCUGAUGGGCAUCUGUCCCUGCAUGACAGGGCCCAGCCAUUAUUUGAGGAGCUCCACAGACUCUUGGCUACCAGCUGCAGGGAUGCAUCGUGUCUCUUCUCUCUUGCACACUUUAGUCAAAAGGACUUCUGUGUGCUGUUUGUCUUUCUGUUACAUGGGCAGCCUCAGAAAUGAGUCAGUCAGUGAACACGAGGUGUCCUAGGUGAGUGCAAAGUAGGGCCAGAGGCAAGUGUCACCUCUGGGCCUGGAGAAAGCAGACUAUGUCACCAUGACUCUGCUGGGAACACUGGAAACUUGGAAGAGACAAGGCAUCAACCUGUAGGGGCUUUCAACCACUGCAGUUAUAGGAAAAAAUAGGAAGAGUGGAAACGUAGUUUCCCAAUAGAAGAGAGAAAAGCAAGCAAAUACUGUUAACCUUUUUAUUGACACAUUCAGAAACUGAGCAAUGAAAUAUUAAAAAUAAAACAUCACAUAUAGAUCAUCAUACUUGAAGAAUAUCAUUCCACACAAAAGGAUCAUUAACAGGGAGCAAAAAGGGGACCCUCAGAGAAAAAUUAGCCCUCUGUGUGCCAUCCCAUGCUGGCUCCGAGACCGUUUGGUUUGGAAUAUAGAAAAGGUGGAAGACCACCCAGAAACAGGUGCUAACCCAGAGACACAGUGGGGAAUGUAGUCACAGCUACACAUUUCAGACCUUAGGAUGCCAUGCCCUGUCCUAUCAGGUUUGUAACGUCUCUGUUAAUGAUCUGCUACAAAACUAUCCCAUUGAAAGACACAAUGUUUAUGUUGUUUAUAUGCCCAAGCAAUUGCAGAAGUGAUGGUUAAGGACAAAAAAGAGCAUCAACAAAUCACUCUCUCUGGUUAGCUGAAGCCAAGUAUGAAAAAUGUACCUUAGAUUUUUAGAGCUAAGUCUUUUCAACUUCAGAGUUUGCUACAACGAGCAAGGCCAGGGAUGGGAGAUGGACUCAAACAUAAGAAAAUAUGAAACAAUGUUUGACUGCUUUGUAGCUCUGAAAUUGCUGCUUAAUGGAUUCAUGACUAUAAACCAUCCCUGGGUUCUAAUGGAAAAGCACAAAUUAAUUUUAUAUAGUGAGGUUUUUAUUUUUUUAAUGUUUCUAUUGCAAAAGUCUAUCAGAUCUGAUGCACUUUGAAUACUGAGAUAUUUUGCACAGUAGAAGGCAUGGGGAUGACCUAGGGUAAUGAGAGAAUGGGUUUUUAGUGAUUUUAAUCUUGGUGGCUAUGGUAAAUCCAGCAGCCCAGUCCUUCUGGGCCCAUGGUGGAAUCUGUAGCUAUGUUCUCUGGAUUUCAAGGGACAAAGCAUUCAAGCUUGUGUUCCGUAAGUUCCCUUAGCAGAACUGCAUUGAGACCUUGCUCCCAUUACCAGCCUUCUGUUCGCAGUUCAUGUCAGUAUUAGUAGCUCGACUAAGUCAAGGCUUUGCUUUUUGUCUAUCUGGAUAAGGUUGGUGGUCUUCAGAGUACAACAAUGUAACUUUCCUUAAAAAGAAUAGCUAAUAAGCUGAGGGAAGGAGCCUAAAGGUGCCUCAGUGUAAAUUCAGUGCAAGAGGCUUCAGAGUUGAUCUACUCCCUAGUAGCUCAUACACCAUACACACACACACACACACACACACACACACACACACACACACACACACACACUUUCACAGACGCAUGCUAGCUCUGAGUGCUUCUGUCUCCCCUUAGAGCCUUCUAACUUCUUUGUAGUGUAAGCAUGGGUUAUUCUCUUUUUGUCAGCAAUUGAUAUCAAGUGACACUAGUUUAGCUUCAGAAUGUAGCAGAGCUGAGGCUCAAAGUGCCCAUCACCCCUCCUGCUCUAGGUGGUGCACCAGAUUGGCUAGCCUGGCACGGUGGCAUGAUUUGCUCUGAGUUGGGGGUGUGAAUCUUACUUCUUGGGUCAAAACCCCAUGGAAUAUUUAAUUUACCCAGAAAUUUUUCAAAUCACAUUCUAGUACCUGCCUUUGUUGAAUGCCCCUGUUUUGUUUUUUUUUUUUUCCUGAAAAAGACCAAACACUAUUUUUUAGAUGUUAAGGCCCAGUCUGCAGUGUCUGAGGGCCUGCACUAUGUUUUGAGUCUCUGCAUCUUCAAGUAGCUUUCAGAGAACAUCCCUGCAGCCUCCCUCUACCCCUCAGAAUCUUCUGAAAGCUACAUAGUGUCUCACAACUGCAGUUAGAAACUGAAAGUUAUGUUUUCAGUAUGACGGGCACAGCUCUUGCUAGUUUUCUUUGAAUUUAAAUGUGCCAAUGAUCCUCGAAGGCUCUGGGCAUCUCUCAUAUCUAAGAAACUACAGGUUGAAAAUGUAAAUUUCUCUGGUUUUAACUAAAUAUUUUUCCUCAUGAGUUUAAGGAGUCAUUUGAUAAUAUAGGCCUUCAUUUUUAAAAACAUGCUUCCAUUAGUAUACAGGAUUGCUUUUGUUGUUUUAUCCCCAAAGCUAAAUUAGCAUGGUGUAAUUACUUCUGCUACAAAAAGAAAAAAAAAAAAAA